GUUUCUGUGGUGCGUGCGGGCUCUUUAAGAGCAGGUCGCGCGCUCUCUGUGGAGCGGCAGCGUGAACGCGCAGUGGUUAAACGCGCCCAAGUUUCGCGUCAGACACAGAGGAGGCGAAUCUCCUCACAGAUUACACUUAAGACCAGACAGGGUGAAGUACAACAGACCAGAGGCCAAAAACACUGCAGCGACGGCAUCAUUUCUUUGACUCUGUGCUGUCCGCCUACAUCUGAUCCCAACUCGAUCGAUAGUACCAACCUUACAAGACGUUUCUGUGUGAAAAAACGCAUUCGGAGGCAAGCAAGAAGGAACAGAUCAUCGCUGACUCAUCAGCCUACUGGACGGACAACAGCCCGCUAAUCAAACUUGCUCUGCAAACGGCUCAUUUAAUGCCCGCAGAUAUUCGCGGAUUGAUCUAGUGCCCUGCUGAACCAAUUAGGUGACAGAAAUUCUUCUGUCUGCCACUUUCAGCACUAGCCAGAAAUGGGAAACUUGCCACCGGGCGAUUUUGCUUUAGCGUAAAGUGGCUCCCAACGUCGGGACAACACCUGCAAACCGUGUCCCAUCUGGAACCAAUUAGCCCCAACCCUGCAGCGAAGAGCAACGGGGAACGAGCGUGUGACUCGAGUCCCUGCACGCGCUGCUGUUUUUAUCCACUGUGGCAGCCUGUUGUGUCAUGUCCCAUCGACUUGCGCCGUGCCACUUGAGGGUCAGAUCAGAUGUGACAGGUCUGAAAUAACCAGGCCUGUCGUUUUGAGCUGCAAAGUCCCUGAUUGCUCCACUUGUGUCAGUUUGUGUGUCCGUCACGCAGGCAAAAGUGUAGAGAGGGUUGACUUUGGCCUUGUUUGUCCACAUCGGUCACUGUACCAAUCUGGCCAACUUCUCCAUCCAUCCCACCCUCCAGACAGCUUGCAAGUUCUGCCGUCGCCCUCCCUGGAGGAUGAGCGAUGUGUCCACGCUGGACUAUGAGCUGCUCUCGCCGGGGCCUUCGUUCGUCGGGGUCCCCAGCAGCCCACCUCUUGGCGGGGACGCCGAGCAAAGGACGGCCUUUGCAUUCGUUGGUCUCCUGAUGCUGUUUUUGGUUUUCCUGUUGGUGCGUUGCUUCCGGAUAUUGCUGGAUCCCUACAGCCGUAUGCCUGCUUCCUCUUGGACCGAUCAUAAGGACGGCUUCGAGCGGGGCCAGUUUGACUACGCCUUGGUGUAGUCGCGUGAGCGAGAGACAAAAUGCCACCUCAAACUUAGCCUUAGCCCAACCUGUGGCCCAACCCUGGCACUAACAACAUCAAGGUCCAAAGGGAACGCACCUUGAAAGUCACGCACACCAAGUGCAUAAAUGUACGCUACUUUCCCAACACAUCGUAAUUAACAGGGUCGUCCGUUUCUUCUGCUGUAGCUACUUCCUCAGGACGGUCUACAAGGUCUACAACGAAUACAAGUGGAGCAUGAAGUCAGUGGUUCAAGGUGCCCAACACGACACUCACUGUGAACUGUUACUACCGACUGCGACUGUAAAUAUUCCAUUGUUGAUUUAGAUAUAUCUUAAUUGUAAAACAUGAUGAAACUUCUCAGUGGACCUUAGGAGGCGGCAUAUUUAAUUUAAUGCAAGUGAAAUAAGUAUAGAUGUAUGUCUCUCUUUUUUUUUUUUUAACUCUUUCCAUGACAUCGUUUAAAAAUAUAUAUUUUGAUAAGAAGAAAAUUUUCAUGGCCCCAGAAUAUUUUGUUUUUAUUGGGAGACAACUUUUAGAAAUGAAUUUGCAAUCUUACAGAUUACGUCUCUUUACCUAUACAAAUACAAAGAAAAUAAUCAAAAUUAAUUGGGGAAAAGAAAAAAAAAAACCACACAAAUAACAUCACAACCAAUCCCAUCCCAUAUCAGACCUGUUUACAUUAAGUAUGAUGAAGAAAUGUUAAAACAUUACCUAGAUAAAGAUAGAAUAUUUUGUUUUAUGAAUAUCUGAACUUGCAGUAUAUCAAAAGAAAGAACAGAGACGUUGCUUUUAACAAAAAACUGAGUUUUAUUCUAGCUUCAUGCAUUCUUUUUUUAUGAAAACUUCAAUGUGGCUAAGUUUCAUAAAAAAGCAAGAUUUUGAACAAAAAGCUAAGAAAACCGUCUUUUUUUCAAAGACUACAACGUAUGCAAUGCUUUUAUUGCUUGUUUCUGCUUCUUUUUUGCAUGCGUUUUGAUCUGGAGAUUCUGUACUCUUUCAGAAGAUGCUUAAUAGCGCCCCCUACUGAGUAACAGUAAAAACACGGAAAGCCAGAAAAUUCCGUCAAUGACGGGGAAAGAGUUAAUGCACCAUGAUGUCGAUCGUUCAGCCACUGGAAAGAAGCAUUGGAAAUAUGCAUUUACAAAACCUUUCCAGUGGACGAAAAUAACGCAACUGAAAAUAAGGAUAUAUGUACAUCAGUCAGUGUUUUUGUUUGUUUGUUUAAUGCACCAUGUCAAUCAUUCAGCCAACAAAAUAUUGGAAAUAUGCAUUUACAAAAACUUUACAGUGGACAAAAAUUAAAAAAAAAAAUUGUUAAUAAAUGAAACAAUGACAUGGUUUAGGACCUUGAGACCUAUUGAGCCUUAAGUUUUUAUGCAAUUCGUUCAUGAAACCAUGGUUUAACAAACAAUUUACACCAAAAUCUGUGGCUAAAUUAAGCACUGCAUUUGAAUUCAAACAAUUACGUAAGAAAUGGUUUUGCAAACUAUUCACACUUUGUUCUACUCAUGUUUUAUAAACCAUUUCCACAUUCACAGCCUCGUUUUUGUUUGUGUUAAAUUAAAUAUGCCGUCUUCCCUGAUUAUGGUCCAUUAAAUAUGAUUUUUAUGUGUUUAGCAUGAUCUUUUUUGUGCAAAAUGCAUCUUCAGCGUUGUUGGAAAGCCCUAGGAUGUACAAUAUACCUGCUGCCUUCGACAGACCCGUUCUAAACUCUGUGCUUUAUAUUUCUGAGGAUGCUCUGGAUUUGGAGCAAAAAUACCCUUUAAGAUUUCAGAACUGAGUGUCAAUCCUUGUAUUUUCCCUGUUUAAAUCUUUCCUGUCCUUUGUCUUCUUUGACUAUAUGUGUAUAUAUAAGCCAUAUAUUCUCAUAUCUCAAAGGUGUUCAUGUCGUCGGUUGUUUGCUAAUCUGCCAAGCUCUCUGAGUCGUGAGCUAAGAGAGGUUUAGAAAUGAGCGAAAGCUUUAUUUUUAUAUCCCGACUCAGAUUUCGAGUUCCCUUUUUGCUAAUGUGUCGUCUCGAAUUUGUAGCUCUCGUUUGGACCGAUGUGCAAAGAGUGUUGAUGUGCCAGGAAAUGGAUGAGCCUGCAUUACUUUGUGAGUUUUGUAAGUAGAUUGGAUAUUUUCCUAAUUCCUUUUUGUCUGAAAUAAAAUUGGGUUUAUUCACUUAAGGCUUCCAGUAUCUUCAGCACAAAGUGUACCGAAGUGGCUGCCUUCCACUCUCCCGAGAUCAAUAAGCCAUUUCUACUUCGAUACACUCGCUAAAUCUCUUCAACAUGGCUAAAAAUGGCCUUUGCACACAGAGAACAGAAAGACAAAGGUUUAAAAAUAUAACCCAUGUUUUAUUGCCAGUUGUUGUUUCGUACAGAUGUUUACAAACAUUGUGCGGAUCACUUGGAUCUGACAGAUGGAUGCAUCCAAUCGAAAACAAUGUAU